UUGCUAAGUCAUAGCAGGCAAUAAAUUAAGUUCUUUGGAUAUAUUAUUUUUGUUGUCGUUAUAAGAAAAUUUCAACUGUGAUUCCAUAAAGCCAUAGAGAAACUGAACUGCUUGAUCAAGCAUAUAUCUAUUACAUAAUAAGUAAAAAUGACUGAGAACUUACCCGAUUUGGAGCUAGAGUCGACGUCGAGCACUUCCAUAGCCUUGCCGUUUAAGCCUACGCUCGAGUGGCACAUCCAUGGGCUCUACGAGAACUUGGGCACCCAUCCCGACUCGGCCGAUCAAAAUGGCGAUUUAAUUGGCAUACAAAACUAUGACAUUGGCGAAUUUGUGAGUCUGAUCGACGUGGAUUCAGCCACACAGCGUGGCAUUUACAAGUCAAUUUCGAAUACAAUUUGGGAGUUGCCUGCGAAUAAGAACGGUCGUCUUAUGAAGCUGGCCUGUACCAUAGACAUUGCCGACAUAACGCGACGCUUGCUCACAAGUGCCGUCGAGAAUUGUGAUCCCGGCGUCAAAGUCGACGAGGAGUUCAUAUACGCGAUUGCACACAAGCUGGCCCAGGCCAUAGUCAAUCCGCUCGAGGAGAAUGGCGAGAGCAUUGAGCCGGUCAUCUUCAGCCUAGUGCCGGCCAUAGCCAUGCAGCGCGAGACCGGCCGGGUGAUGGCCUACGCCGUUGGCCAGCUGGUGGCACGUGGCCUCAACAAUGCCAAAAUGACCAUGGUCGUGCGCGGCUGCUCCCUAACCGUGCAGUCGCGCGAGAUCAUCAUUGAGUCCAUCUCGCAAUCUCUGCUGCCAGUCAAUGAAACUUCAAUUUAGGUUGUUCAAUUUUGGUAUUUUGUUUUUGUUUAUUUUUGCAGCAGAAUCAGCAGGCGUUUGAAUUAUGAAUAUCAUAUGGGUUGGCACAUUUCCCGGAACUUAUUUUAAAGCUCUUUUACAGCACAAUUAUAUUAUUUUUAUAUUUUGUUUUCAUGAUGAAUUCUGUUUUUGUUUUGCUCU